UUUAAUUAGAUUAAUUAAUCUUGUUAGACCUUAGCAAGAAGUAAAGUAUUAUAAUGGCAUUCUUGCAAUUGUAUCGUGUAGCAAUUUUAUGUAGUCAUAUUAUUGCAUUUAAUGUUUGUGAAAAUUUGGAUGUGACAAAAGUGCAAGAUCAACGUGCAUACGAUUUAAAAUUAUUUUCAAAGCGAUUUUUUACUGGAUGGAAUGUGGGAUUUCAAAUAUUAUUUUUAAUGGUAGCAUUGGUAAAUGCAACAAUUCACCAGAAGGUAUUCAAGCCUUGGGUUUCAUCACGUGUUAAAAUAUUUACAAACAGGUUACAAGGAUACAUAUUUACAUGUUUGGUUGCCCCAUCGACAAUUUUUGUGGUUUGUAUGUUUUGGACUUUAUGGUCAAUUGAUCGUGAAUUAGUAUUAUCUGAAGUAUUAGAUGCCGUGGUUCCAUCAUGGUUGAAUCAUGCACUCCACACAGUCAUUAUAAUUCCUGUUGUUGUGGAAUUAUUAUUUUGUAAAAUGCAUCUUCCUCAUCAUAAAGAUGCAUUAACAGUAUUGGCAACUGUACAUGUGGUUUAUACUGCUGUAUUAAUGGGUACAUAUUUUGAAUAUGGCAGAUGGAUUUACUAUGUUUUCAAAGUAUUACCAUGGCCAGGGAAAUUUGCUUUAUGCCUACUCAGUUUCUUAUUAAGCGUGGCCGCAUAUUUUAUCGGCUAUAAAUUUCAACAAAUUCGUUGGCAUAGUGAUAUUGUUCAACAAAUUAAAUUGCAUACAAAAUCAUUGCAAAGUAUGAUUAAUUUUUAA